AUGGACCGCGCAAACGGGGGUGGCCCCGGCGCAGCUGCGGCUGCCAGCAGGGCAGAGCGAUUCGAGGAUGAGAAGCGUCGCAUUGUCGAAAGCUGUUUCAAUAAGAAGGAUGUUGAUGGCUCUCUUCUCGAAACCUAUAUCACCCAUAUCCGAAUCACCGAAUACUCCUCCUAUCCUACGACCCCUCCUCCACCACAGGCGCGGAAUGGCGAAACACAGAAACCUCGAAUAAUAAUCGUGGCUGUGCGCAAAUCCGGCCGAGUUCGUUUGCACAAGUCUAAAGAAAACCAAAAUGGCACAUUUUCCAUCGGCAAGACAUGGAACCUCGACGAUCUAUCGCGCAUUGAAUCUUAUACUGGUCCCGAGGCCAGGCCCGACUAUCGCGAUUGGGCUGGCGACACUGGCUUCCAGGUAACACUUGGAAAGGCUUAUUUCUGGCAUGCCCAGACGGAUAAAGAGAAAAAGUUCUUCAUUGCCAGUCUCAUCAAGAUAUAUGGCAAAUACACGGGUGGAAAGACGCCAGAGCUUGCAGGAUUUGAGCAAAAGGAGUAUGACCAGGUAAUGGGAGCUACGAGACGUCCAGCCACUGGUGGUUCAAGACCUCCUCCACCUCCACUAUCCGAACAAGCUACCAGCCAAAGUGCGAGCGCUCCCCCUCGUCCUAUACACCCGAUGCAUCCUGCACAUCAAGCGCAACAAGGAAACCAGGGACCUGGUGUUCGUCCGGCACACCCAAACCUCGGCACUUCACCCGUGGGAAGCUUCGAUUCCAGUGCUUCGAGAGAACGUCCGCCUGCACCUCGAUGGAUGGCACAGAACAACAAGAGCCAGGAUUCCGUUGCUACCUCCUUUACUGCCCGAAGUGAUGACGUUUCUAGUCUACCACCGCGAUCUCGCAAUGGUCCGAAUGGGCCAGGAUCGUAUGGCAGAUUUGGGGAGACUGCCGACAAUCGAACACCAGCUGUACUUACACCUCCUCAACCUCCACCUCAAACCCAGUCUUCGCCCAAGUCCCAACCGCCAUCCAUUCUCUCACCUCCUCAACCUCCACAGCCAGUCCCUUCACCCCUUCAGUUAGAAAGACCGCCCCCGGAGAGGAGACGGCCGCCCAUGGAUCCGACUCGCCCUCAGGAUCGAGACUUGGUUCCCCCACCACUGAUCAGUCCCAACAAAGAGCCAAUGGCCCCUCCGCCUCGCAGCAGCGAACGUGUUGUCCCUAGAAUGGACAACUCAAGUCAAAAGUCGGCAAACAGCUCUUUCACCGGAAGUGUUUUGGAACAACCCAAACCGCCACCCACAGGGCGAUUGCCAGAUCCACCAAAACGUGAGCCGCUUCCUACGCCUGCUGCCCUCAGGCCGGGAUCAUCACAAUCUCGAACAUCGGCUCAAACUCCAGCUCCUACUGGUUAUCAACAGGCUGGUCCAGCUCGAACCAACACAUCCAGCCCAGGACCAUCUCCGGGUCGUAUGGCUAGCCCUGCACGAGCCCGCGACCUCAGUCCUGCAUCAGCCCGUGCACCUAGUCCUUCACCAGCCCGCGUACCUACGCCUUCACAAACUCAAUCGCCACGCCCUGCAGUGACCCUCUCUCCGGGCUCUGGGGGAGGCGGCUCUUCGGAUGUUUCGCCAAUGACAGUGAGCGUGCCCAGGUUUGCAAGCAUACAGCCACCUCCUGAUCUACCCAAACAAGAGUCUCCCCAACCAGUGGAUGAGCCAUCACCUGGAGACCGCGGUACGGAAAUCUCCGACCAAGACUCCAACCCAUCCCCAGAAAUCUCAACUGAGGAGUCAAAGCCUGGCCUGGGUCCUAUGAUCAAAGCCAAAAAGUCCAGAAACGAAAUCGCUGGCGCUCUAUGGAAGGCUGCAUCUGCGGCAAAUGCCGCUACCGCCUUCAAACCUAGACCUGGUGGUGCCGGAGAGCGUUUGCGUCUUUUGAGGAGCAAGACGGACGAGGGCCCAGAUGGAAUCAGCGGCGUUGUGCCUGCGCCGCCAAGACCAUCCGAGCAACCUACGCCUGAAGAGACACCCGUAGAGACACCAAAGACCGAAGAAGAAAACAAACAGUUGGAGGAGCAGAAGCCGGCUGAGCCGUCCAAGUCGGCGAAUCGAAUGUCUCUGGUUCCUGAAGUUAAGAUUACUCUCCCAACGAGCAGACCUGUUAGUGCACAUGGCCCACCACAGGAAGUGAAACCGAAGGAGCCCGAGAAGAAAGAACCUCGCCGCUCCAUUAAUGCGGGUAAUGACAUGAAGUAUCUACAGUCAUUAGGCGUUAAUCCUGCCAUCCUUGAUGAAAGAAGUGAGGAGUUCGCUCAGUGGCUGGAUUAUUUCGGAUGGAUUCCGGGUGAUCAAAUGCGAGCUCGCAACGUAGAAGAAAUGAGGGCUGACUUGGAACGUGAACUCAACAAAGCUCAAGCGGGUGGUUGGCUCGCUCGCUUCCGUGAAGAAGACGAGCGUGUCGAUGCGAUCAAAGCGGGACUUGAUGUUGCCAUGGCCGAGUGUGAGGAGCUGGAUAACCUCCUCACACUCUAUUCCGUUGAACUCUCGACACUCUCAGAGGAUAUUGCCUAUAUUGAAGCCCAGGGUCAGGGUCUUCAGGUGCAAACUGCAAAUCAGAAGCUACUUAAGAAAGAACUCGAGUCCUUGCUUGAGACUUGCGCCAUCACAUCAAACGAGCUGGACGUACUUAGAUCGUCGCCCUUGGACGAUAUUGGUGGUCUGGCAGAGGUCGAAUCAUCCCUUGUGACACUCUACAAGGCCAUGGUCAAGAUUGAUCCUUCUCGCACUAGUGCUGAUCAACUCAAAGUGGACGUCACAUCAGACACAAACCAGGGCCAUGGUCUCAACCCUGACUUCAACCAGAUGCGGAUUGUUCAGGAGAAGAAGCAGGUGUAUGAUCAAGAGAGUGCAUUGUUCAUUGGCAGGUUUGUCGCUUUCAUGUCCCGACAGUUUGACCAGGCCUUUACCGAGACAAAACUUGCUAUGGAAGGAGCUUUGUCGAGAAAGGUGGAUUCAACACAUCACGAUCUUGGCCGUGACACACUUUGGCAAUUCAGUCCCCUUAUGCUAUACGCCAGGGAUAUGCACGGUGAAGAGUGGAACCAGGUUAUCCAAAUCUACCAAGACAAGAGCCAGCCUGUUUAUAGGGUCGAGUUCCAGGCUGUCGUUGCGGCUUGGCGUAGGAAUGCCAGGAAGAUGACCGGAGAGGAGGCCGAACUUCUUUUCACAUCAGCAAUUGAGAAGAACCAGGAAGGAGGCGUAGCCACUACUGCCAGGAAGCUGACAGUCAAGCGCAGCGGAACUUUGGCCCGACUCCGAUCCCCUCGAGAAGAUGGCGGUAACAAAUCAAAGGUUGAAAAGGGAGUAGGCGACAACAAAGACCUGCCUUAUGAAGUCUUCGCGGGAGUCCUGGAUGACUUGCUCCCCUUGAUGCAGAUGGAGCAAAACUUCAUUGUUGACUUUUUCCAUGCAACAACACUCGAACAAAUCGACUUCCCUGAUGCUGUCGCUGCAACACCGCCAUAUGAACGGGCAGGUACUGAUCUCAGAAGGCCACGACUGAUGGAGCCCGAUCGAGACCUGGCCAGACGUAUUCUUCGCGCCAUGGAGGUCAUUUUCACGUUCCUGGAGUCUGAGCUAUUGCGUCUCAUGGAAUGGGUUGUUGGACAGGAUCCUUUGCAAGGAAUUGGCGUCCUGGCAACUCUGGAGAAAUAUAUCGCUGAUAUCAGUCAAUCCAAUCAAGAGUACCUUAACACCCUGUUGCAGAAACUUCAUGGUCAUUUGGAAGUCCGCUUCAAGAAGUUUGUCGACGAGCAGCUUCGUGCUAUUGAAGAAACCAAGGUCAAGAUCAGCAAGCGAAAGGGCGUUAUUGCAUUCAUUCGUAUCUUCCCUCUCUUUUCGGCAGCUGUCGAGAACAUGCUGGUAGGUGUCGACGCAUCGCUAGCGGCCAGAGGCACCAUCGAUCGUGAAUAUGACCGUAUACUCAAGACCAUGUUUGACUCACUCAUGGUUAUCGCGCGAGAGAACCCGGCGGUCGGCAUCACAACCGGCUCUGCGGACCCAGAGGAUAAGGAGGCGCUCAACUUCCAUAUUCUACUAAUUGAGAAUAUGAACCAUUUCCUGGAAGAGACGGAAACCCGAGGACUGGAUGUGCUUGAGGAAUGGAAGGAAAAGGCCAAUACGACAUACUAUGAACACAUGAACCUGUACCUCAAUGCAGUAAUGCGUCGGCCACUUGGCAAGAUUUUGGAGCAGCUCGAGAGUAUGGAGGCUCAAUUGCAGACGGGCAAAUCACCGGCAUCGAUCGCCGCACAGCCUUCCAACAGCAAAACGGUCUUCAACAAGGUCCUCGGCAACUACGACUCCAAGGAAAUCCGCAAGGGUAUCGAAGCGCUACGCAAACGUGUCGAGAAGCAUUUUGGCGACGCCGACGACCCAGCCCUUAGCCGAGGAUUGGUUAUCAAGGUGCUAUCAGAGUGCGAGGAGUUCUACGAAAAGGUCGAGAGACGGGUGGGCGCAGUUACGACCAAUGUUUACGGUGGCGAUAUCCUUUACGAAUGGCCUCGAGCCGACGUCAAGGCUGCAUUCCGUUGA